UGGACUGAAGGAUGCGGAUUUACGCAUCAAGAUUUCUCAGACUGGACCAGGACUGGAACAAGUCAUUUUCAUUAUUCAGCCAGUCAUUCUCAUUAUUCGGCAGUUUUUCCUUGGCUGAUGUAAUCCGUGAUCCGUGAUCCGCGAGCUUCGGCGUCCUCGGCAACUAUAAAUACCGACGACGCAAAAGGCAAAACAACUCAAAAAGUCAGAGACUCGUUGUGGAAGCUCCUAGUGUUCUAGUGUUCUCCAGCGGAAAAUUCCUCUUGUUUCAGUGCGUGUGUGCUUCUUAUUUUCACCUAAAACCGUUUCCGAGCGUGCCUUGCUGCUAUCAGCAUGAAUAGAUAUAUGAUGAAUGGGUUCGACAUUAAGGUGACGGUGGUCCACAAAACCUACAGAGAGCAUUACGUGCUCUUCCGAGGGUCUGUUCCGAAUUCGCUGAAUGAGUUGCUCCUACAGACGAAAACUCGAAUGAUUCGUUCGGGCUCUCCGAUUUUGGAUCAGUUUGACGAAUCCUUAACUUUCGGAUACUGGACGGGACGAAUCGCUUGCAUCGAUAAGGACGGAGAUGAGAUACUGUUGGUGGAUGAUUUCGAUUUCCGGGGUUACAUAAAUUCGCUCUAUCCAGGAGCUAUGGGAACCAUGAUUAUUCGUUUAACAUCAACCAAACCGGAACCGGAUGAGGCGUCGAAGCAGAAACCUAUCCAUUACGCCUUCGAUUCAUCCGUUCCGGUUAUAACCGCGGACGCCGCAGGUAUGCCGAUAGAGGUCCAUGAAGCUCUCCGCUCCGGAUGCAUGCCUCCUACAAGCAAACCUCUACAGGGCAAGCGCUCAGCGAUACCACAAACCGACGGCAGAAAGCUUCCGUUACACAAAAAUGUCAAAUGCGAUGUGUGUGAUGGCGAGAUACGGGGCCAUCGUUACAAGUGCAUGACUUGUCAGAACUAUGAUCUGUGCAUGAGCUGCGAAGGCAAGUAUCGUCACAAGGAACAUAUUAUGCUGCGCCUCCCGACCCCCGAAAUCCGUAGGCACGGUGCAUACAGCGUGUUCGACAAACUGCGCUAUUUUGUGACGAAGAUGACGCCGCUCGUGACUGGAGAGGAAACGCACACGGGCAGCACCACAGAAGCAGUAGGCCGUGCCGCUGAAGCUGAUCACUCGACGAUGAACCAAGCUUCAUCAUCCAAGCAGGGACAGCAACGAUCGUCCGCUAAAACAAGCGUCAACAACCCUGAUUUGCGUGUCUUCCUACAAUCACAUACUGGUGAAUUAGGAGCAAAGUCAUCGGAAUGCUCCCAGGAAAAGAACAACACUUUGACCGAUGAGUCUUUGACUUCUACAGCAAAACAGGAACUCCAGAACAAGCACCAUGAGGCCAAUGGUAAUGGCAGCGUUAAGAAGACGCAAGAGAAGGAUAGUGAUGAGAGGGCUUCCGUGGAGGAGGACGAUUCAACGGAUGAACUGUGGACAGUGCUCGAUGGGAAAGGUAGCACUACUCCGGAAGAAGUAUUGGUCAAACUCGAUUCUCCUGGCCCGUCUGUAUCAUCGCCCGUCAAAAACACGGAACCAACAACGGCACCGAUAAAGGUCGAUGAAGCCGCUGCACCAUCGAACCGUACCCAACCAGAUGUAAGGAGCAAGAUGAAUCAGCUCACUGAACUGGUGGCUGCGGCCGUUCUGGAAGGUACUCGCUUGAUGAGCGUACCAUCUCCUGAACGACCGGUACCGCCGCCGAUCAUCCAAGAUGACCACGACGAGCAAGCAGUUCGUGUUGAUGGUGCUGCUGCAAAGGAAUCAGGGGCUUCGUCAGUUGCCACUGCCGCUACUGUAUCAUCGGAUCCCAUUAAGACCGAUCCGACCAAGAUAUACAGCGAGCUGCCGCACGUUAACCAUGCCAUCCACACGCUGAUCACCAUGGGAUUCAGCAACGAUAAUGGAUGGUUGACGCGUCUUCUGGAAUCGCUCGAUGGUGACAUACCGAAGGCACUCGAUCUGCUGUUGCUGCAGCCGUCAGCCACUAACAAUCCACCACGCUCUUAAGCUCUUGUUAUCGUUUGUAACGAACGAUAAAUGAUGUUGGAGUGUUUUUUUCCUUUGAUUUCUUCCAUUUAUUCGCAUUUAGCGAAGUAGAUUUAAGAGAUUUUAUGUGAUGAAGUAUCAUUUUUACGAAUUAUCAGAAUUUCAAAAAAUGUAUCGCUAUUCCUCCUUCCCCGCCCACCGCCUGAUACGUUCUAAUCACUUAGCAUCACAGCAGACCAUGAUCUGCUUAGAGAAUCGAAUUUACAUUUUUUUCUUUUGCCUACUGUAUACGGUGUUCGGCAGCUAUGCUUACAAUCUUCCUUGCGUUUCAUUGCAAUUGCACACUUAGGCGCAAGUAUUAUUUCUUAUUAUUCGUCAAAUAAAGGACAAAAUGGUUGAACGAUUGUUCGAUCGGC